AUGCUCAUUUGCCCUACCAGUAUCAGCCUCGCGAGCUUUAAGGCUGAAUCUGUAGCACCCUGUCAAGUGGUCCUGCCGCAACUGCCUUGUCCCAAUCGGCCACGGCAUUUCCCACAGAGCCCAGGUGUGGAUUGGCGGUUCGGCAGUUUUCGCGGCCAUGGCAAUCUUCCUUCCGAUCGGACCCUUGGACAAGUUCAUCCACGCGCGAGUCGACACUUUCUUGCUUUGCUACGAUGCCGGCAAGGGAUCGGACUUGGUGUUCUGGCAGAACGUGCUACAGGUCUUGGUAAAUUUCCCUUUAUUGGCCGCCAACUGGCUGGCCGUGGAGGCUUCUGGCUGCAAGGGUGCACAAGAUGA